CGAGUGUCUCAGGAGUCGGACUCGCUGAGUGUGCGGGUGGGCCAUGACAUGCAGGAGAAGAAGCAACGCUCACAGUCCAACGACACUAACCGCAUCAAGUCGACGAAGUACACGCUGGUCACCUUCCUGCCGCUAAACCUUUUCGAGCAGUUUCGCCGUAUCGCCAACCUGUACUUCCUGUUCAUGACCGUCAUAUCGAUAGUGAUAGAUAGUCCUGUUUCACCGAUGACGUCGCUGGUUCCGCUGGUGUUCGUCAUCGCAGUGACAGCGGCCAAGCAGGGUUACGAAAACUUUCUGCGUUACAGAGCGGACAACAUGGUCAACUUCUCGCCCGUCUCGGUGAUCCGAGGCGGUGUUACAGUGGAGAUCCGUUGCCAGGACAUCCAGCGGGGUGAUAUUGUGCUGAUGUCGCGAGACUGUGAUAUACCGUGUGAUGUAGUGCUGCUCCGGACGUCGGAUGAGCAUGGCAGGUGUUUCGUGACAACGGCCAACCUAGACGGUGAGACGAACCUUAAGACGAUGAGCGUCCCGAAAGGUGUUCCAGUUCUGCCCCCAGAACGACUGCAAUCACUCGGACGCAUCGAGUACGAGAAGCCUCACACGGAUCUGUACCACUUUAACGGUCGUAUUGAGCUAGCGGACGUGCAUGUUACGGCCGGGGAGCAUAGUGUUCUACCUCUCGCAGCUGAGAACCUGCUGCUGAGGGGUUCACGCAUCCGCAACACCGAGUGGGCCAUUGGAUGUGCCGUCUACACUGGCCAGCAGACGAAGCUCGCUCUCAACAGCCGCAUGACAACGAACAAGAUGAGCUCGAGCGAGCAGUUUGUCAACAAGUACCUGGUGUUCUUUCUCGUGCUGCUGGUCGGGAUCGUCACGGUGAGCUACUUCCUGAAGCGGUACAACGAUCGGCAUCAGCAGCAGCACAAUGUGUACCUUGGCGAGAUGCGCUCCAACUACCGAGUGUCACAGUUCCUGCAGGACUUCUUCUCAUUUCUCAUCCUGUUCAACUACCUCAUCCCGAUCUCGCUGUACGUGACGAUCGAGAUGGCAAAGUUCCUCGGUGGUUUCUACCUCGAAUGGGACCACGAUCUGUACGACGAAGAGACGGACCAACCGUGCAUCGUGAACACGUCCGACAUCAACGAGGAGCUCGGGCAGGUGUCGCUGCUGUUCUCCGACAAAACAGGUACGCUCACGAAGAACAUCAUGAUCUUCCAGCAGUGCUCGAUUGGAGGCCGGAAGUAUGAACAGCGUGGUCGCCGAUUGCUGGAAGCUGGCCGGCGUUAUGCACUCAAGAUAAAUGAGCUUCCGACACAGGUGUACGAUUUCUUCCAAGCACUGGCGGUUUGCCACACAGUACAGGUGGCCGGUGACUACAUCAACGAGUCGGAAGAGAACCUGCGUGCGAAAGAACCCGACACGACGAGCGGUCCGAUUGAAGAGGAAACGUUUGACACUACGAUGCCGAUGGAGGAGACCGUUAAUGUUAACCCGGAAACGCUCUCAGUUCGCACAAGCCGGCGUAUUCCAGGCAGCCCGUUCGAGGUCCGCAACCGAGUUGGACCGGCUGAUCGGCCACUGAGCCUUAUCGAGACGCACGAGACGAGCUUUAUCCUGCCAAAUGCCAGCAGCAACGGAGACCUGCAGUUACCGGCACAGCUUGAGCUGAAGCGGACGAUUUCGGCUUAUGAGGAGAAACCGGCAACACUUCCUACCGAUGAUCCGCGGAUGCUUGGCCACCGACGCACGCAGUCACACGCACCGGCCGGUAUUAAACGGCCCAAGAGCUACUUAACAGCGGUACAAACACCCAAACCAGUGGUGACGUUACGCCGGAACCGGGGCUCGUACUUGUCACGGUCCGUGCGCGAAUCGUAUGCUGCCCCGGCGUAUAAUGAGUCGUCCGUGAUCCAGCGGCAGGAGUCGAAUGUACGGCAACGUGAGGUGGAUUCCUUCAUUCAGAAAAUGGACUACCAGGCGUCAAGCCCGGACGAAAAGGCGUUGGUGGAGGUGUGCGCUCGCAUGGGCCUAGUGUAUGUGGGUGAUGAUGGUGACCAAAUGCAGAUCAAACUACGUCGAACCUGUGUCCGGGAGAACGUACGCUCACGCCUCGGAGAGAUUCCAGACGAAGAGUUAGUCCAGUACCAGCGACUGGCGGUGUUGGAGUUCACCUCAGAUCGUAAGCGUAUGAGUAUCAUCGUACGAGACACCUACGGUCAGAUCUGGCUGUACACGAAAGGAGCUGAGAGCCACGUCCUGCCACUUUGUGCCUUCUCACCACUAAUCGAGACAACGCAAAAGCAUAUCGACGAGUUCGCAAAGCUUGGUCUACGCACUCUGGCCGUGGCACGUCGCCGGUUGACUCAGCAGGAGUACCAAACGUUUAGUGACGAGCUGAUCGAAGCGAGUAGUUCCCUGGUCAACCGAGCCGAGCUGGUAGAGGAGUGCCAGCGUCGCAUUGAAACAGAGCUAGAGCUGUUAGGAGCAACUGCAGUAGAAGACGCACUGCAGGACGACGUCCGAGGUACACUGCAGGCGUUGGGACAGGCCGGGAUACGGGUGUGGGUGUUGACCGGUGACAAGGUGGAGACGGCACUCAACAUCGCGCUCAGCUGUGGUCACAUCCCGGACGGAUCGGCACGUUACUUCAUCACCGAUUGCCAAACGCCGGAACAAGUGCAGCAACAUCUGGAUACGCUGGCGUUGGAGAUGUUCCAACGUCGGGAUUUACCGUUCUCGCUGCUGAUCGACGGUGGUAGUCUUGCACUCGCACUGAAGGAGAUUCCGGAGCAAUUCCGUGACUUGAGUGGUCGGUGUCAGGCCGUACUGUGCUGCCGGUUGAGCCCACUGCAGAAGAGCAAGGUGGUUGAGCUGAUGAAGACCUCCGAGGGUUCGCCGGUGACGGCAGCCAUUGGUGACGGGGCUAAUGACGUGUCGAUGAUACAGGAAGCGCAUGUUGGACUGGGUAUUGUUGGGCGUGAAGGUCGUCAGGCGGCUCGGUGUGCGGAUUAUGCGUUCGCAAAGUUUUGCAUGCUCCGCAAACUGCUGCUCGUGCAUGGUCACUACUUUAGCACGCGGCUUGCCGUGCUGGUGCUGUACUUCUUCUACAAGAACCUGGUGUUUAUGGGCGUGCAGCUGUAUUUCCAGAUUCACAGCCUUUUCUCCAACCAGUCGGUGUAUGAUUCGCUGUUCCUCACGCUCUACAACGUCGUCUACACCGCCAUUCCGGUGUUGGUGCUUGCGCUUACUGAGAAACCGUACCAAGAGCAAACGCUACUUAAGAAUCCCGCCUUAUACCAGAAAGUGGCCGGAAACAAACAAUACGCGUGGAAGUACUUCAUCGGCUGGAUGAUGCUCGCCAUCUACCACUUCUCGGUGAUCUACUUCUUCACGUACGGGGUGUGGAUCGGUAAUCCGGCACUGUACGCGAACUGGCCGGCCACCGUCAGCUUCUCCUGCUACGGCACCAUUCUCAUCCACAACGUUGUCGUGCUGGUCAAUCUGAAGCUGUUGAUCGAAACGAUCUACAAGUCGUACGUGUUCAUCGCCACCGUGCUGCUGUCGAUAUUCGCCUUCAUGGGUUCGACCUUCGUCUACAACCUGCUGCAUAUCAACUAUGACGGCCCGAUGCUGCAGGUGUACAACAAUUUGCUCUCGUCGAUGACGUUCUGGCUGCUCAGCUUUGUGAUAUUACUCGCAGGAUUUCUACCGGACCUGACGAUGAUGGCGCUGCGAGCUCUCGACAUCAAGCUGGGUCAUAUUUUCCCGGGUGGCGCAAAGUACCGGCGGAUGCUUUUCCAGAAGCGCACAAAUAAUAUUCAAUCCACGGAGCUUUAA